UUGGUGCUAAACGUUCGGAUCUGUAGACGUAAACCACUUACUGCACAGGCAUCGCGUAACCGAGUCACGCAGGGUAGGGAAAGCGCUACCCAACCGUUCGCAAUCGGAACUCGCUUCAACGUUGCCUGCUCGCAUAUUGGAGGGGACGCUAUGAACGGCGAUAGCAACAAUAUUGGCUUAUGCAAUUUAUGCUGGUCUCUGAGGAUUUUGCCUCUUCAGUUCUUUCCUCGCUACAUAAAUGAACUCAGUUGCAACAACAACAAAACGGCAUGCCUUUCAGGCUACGGAACAUGUCGGCCCCGCCUGAGAAAUAUCGACUCGGCCGUCAUAUUCGCCCCCGUUUCGUGCGAGUGUUAUGUCGGUUACGGUUCGGUGUUGUACAACCUAGUCACUGUUAUCGUCGUUUACAGUCCUCUACGUUCCGGCACCGCGAACGACCUGAAUAACAAGAAUAGAGUCUUUUAUCUGAAUAAUAAAAGCUGA